AUGAUUUUCGAACCAGCAGAGAGGACUCUGCUCCCUACAAAGGAUCUGUUGUCUUACAUUUUCGAUGAUCCACCCUACGAUCUGGAUAAACCGAUCUAUAUCGAUGUUCGAGAUCCAACGCGCUCGAUUUCGUGCAACCAAGCCCGCAAAUUAAUUCGGCGACUCGUUGCUGGCCUGAGAGCGUCUGGCGUUCGCCCAGGGGAUUGUGUUCUUAUUCACUCGUUCAACGAUAUAAACUACAGUAUACUUGUGCUCGCUAUCAUUGGCGCCGGCGGAGUCUUCACGGGCUCUAAUCCAGCAUAUACCCCCACAGAGCUUGCCCACCAUAUCAAAGCCUCCGAAGCAAGAUUUUUAAUCUCCGAACCCGAGAUCCUGAAGUCCCUUCUGGGCGCAGCUCAACAAACUGGUGUGCCGCAGCAGAAUGUGUGGAUCUUCAAUAACCUAGGCCAGUCGGUUCCGACCGGGCAUAAAUCAUGGACGGAGCUACUCAAUUUUGGCGAGGCUGAUUGGGUGAGGUUCAAUGAUCUGGAAACUGCUCGCACAACGACUGCUGCGAGACUUUUCAGUAGUGGAACUACUGGUCUUCCCAAGGCAGUCAUGAUCACCCACUACAACCUUAUCGCGCAGCAUGAAUUGGUCCUGGGAGCCGAUCCACGGCCUUAUCCGAUAUCCCGCAUCAUCGCAGUCCCAGUCUUCCAUGCAUCUGCUGCCCCCGUGACGCACAUAUCGACACUGAAAGCAGGAGCCCCUGCCUAUGUGAUGCGGCGGUUUGAUUUGGAGGAGUAUCUCAACACGGUCGAGAAAUAUGACAUUACUGAUCUGGCCAUGGUGCCGCCUAUUGUCAUCGCGAUCUUAAUGUCACCCGUCUCUCAAAACAGGCCUUUCCUUCGCAGAGUUCGCCUAGCAGCCUGUGGUGCAGCCCCUUUAGAUAAGGAUGUCCAGGCUCGUUUCCGCUCACUCAUGGGAGAUGACAGCCCUUUUAACCAAGUAUGGGGAAUGACGGAGACCUCGUGCGUGGCGACCAUGAUCCGGUUCCCAGAGCACGACGACACGGGCUCGGUGGGACGGCUGAUUCCGAAUCUUGAAGCAAAGCUUAUCGACGACGAUGGAAACAAUAUCUCGGCUUACGGGGUUCGUGGAGAGCUCUGCGUGCGUGGGCCUACCGUAACACCUGGAUACUUCAAGAAUCCCGAGGCCAAUGCGCAAUCCUUCGAUGCGGAUGGAUGGUUCAAGACCGGUGACAUUGCCUAUUGUGAUCAAUCUACCCGAAAAUGGUAUAUUGUGGACAGGAAGAAGGAGUUGAUUAAAGUCCGCGGAUUCCAAGUUGCACCGCCCGAACUAGAGGCGGUACUCCUCUCACACCCGCAGAUCAUCGAUGCUGCCGUGAUUGGCAUUACAUUCCCAGGAGCCGAUACGGAGUACCCUCGAGCAUAUGUUGUCCGACGCCCCGGCAGCGAAGGUCAAAAGCUCACCGAGCAAGAGGUUCAGAAAUAUGUCCUGACACGACUUGCACGGUUCAAGGCGCUGACGGGUGGUGUCAAAUUUGUUGGAUCUAUUGCUAGAAAUCCCAGUGGAAAGAUUCUGAAGCGUGUCAUCAGAGAAGAAGCAAAACGAGAGAUUGAGGCUGGCCAGAUCAAGCCGCACUUAUGA